AUCAAACUCAAGAACCAGUUGAAGAAAAUUAGAAUAUCAUGGAAGAGAUUCGCCAGAGAAGACUGUUGAUGGUCCCAGCACCGUUCGAAGGCCAUUUACCUUCGAUGAUGAACUUAGCCUCCUACCUUUUUUCCCAAGGCAUUUCAGUCACAGUUGUUCAAACCCAAUUCAACUUCAAAGAUCUCUCUGCUAGCUUCCCUGAUCUCAACUUCUUCACCAUAAAAGAAGGCAUGUCAGAAUCCGCUAUAUGUGAACCCAUUUUGAAAGAGUUUCUAACUAUCCAUGAUGAUGUUGAGUUUAUCAUAUAUGAUGAAUUUGUCUACUUCCCUCGAGGUGUUGCAGAAGAUCUUCAUCUUCCCAAUAUGGUCUUUAGUCCUUCUUCGGCCGCUACUUCGAUCAGCCGGUGCGUGCUUAUGGAUAACCAAGCAAAAGGGUUACUUCCUCCACAAGAAGCAUUAUCUCAGCUUGAAGAAAUGGUGCCAGAAUUUCAUCCCUUUAGGUUUAAAGAUCUGCCUGUAACAGCUUAUGGAUCUAUGGAGAGAUUAAUGAUACUUUACGAGAAUGUAAGCAAUAGAUCUCUAUCUUCUGGCAUAAUACACAAUUCUUCAAAUUGCUUAGAGAGCUCAUUCAUAUCAACUGCACAAGAGAACUGGAGAGUUCCCGUGUACCCGGUUGGUCCACUCCAUAUGACGACCAAUCCCGCUACGUCAUGUCCGAGUUUAUUUGAUGAAGAAAGAAACUGUCUCGAAUGGCUUGAGAAGCAAGAAACAAACUCCGUGAUAUACAUAAGCAUGGGCAGCUUGGCGAUGACACAAGAGAUAGAGGCUUUGGAGAUGGCCAUGGGAUUUGUUGAGAGUAAUCAACCUUUCUUGUGGGUGAUCCGACCAGGCUCGAUAAUCGGAUAAGAGUCCUUAGACUUCUUACCGGAACAAUUUAGGCAAACGGUAACCGACGGGAGAGGUUUUGUAGUGCAAUGGGCUCCACAGAAAGAGGUGUUAAGGCAUAGAGCAGUGGGAGGGUUUUGGAACCAUUGUGGAUGGAACUCAUGCCUGGAGAGCAUAAUUAGUGGCGUACAAAUGAUUUGCCUGCCGUAUUCUGGUGAUCAGAAAGUUAACACUCGACUUAUGUCACAUGUUUGGCAAACCGCGUUUGAGAUCGAAGGUAAAUUGGAAAGAGGAAUUGUAAAGAUAGCUGUGAGGAGGCUCAUUUUGGAUCAUGAAGGCGUAGAAAUGAGAAUGAGAGCCAUUGGACUAAAGGAGGAGAUUGAAGCUUCUGUCAGAAUAGGAGGCUCUUCUCACAGUUCUUUAAACAGUAUGGUCGACAGUAUCAUGUCAUUAACAUCAUUACGAUCGCCUCCAAGCCAGAACAUAAAAUGAGAAAAAGACUCACAAUUAUUUGUAUCAUUAACGAAGUAGUUGAUUGUGCUUGUCGUUAGAAUGAAACCAAUCUAGGUGGUAUCACUCGGGUUCCCAACAAGCAGAAUCACAUAUCUACCUAUAAUAUG